UCGUCGAGCCGGAGCACGCGUCCGUUUCCGUUGUCGAGCAUGCGCUGCUGUCGAACCCGGUGGUCCGCGCCCGUCGCGUCGAGCCUGCCCCAGAGAGCCCACUCCUCGCGAACCUACUCCUCCGCCCGCUGUUGAGAGCCUCCUGUUUGCCGAGCGCCUGUUGAGAUUUCGCAACCGAAAGCAGUGACGCCCCCCCCCGGCACCUGCGCCGGCCCCGGCAGCAGUCCCAGCACCGACCCCGGCACCAGCGCCGGCACCAGUGCAAGCGCCUCCUCCCGUAGCUGCACCCCACCGGCUCCCGCUCCCGUACCCGCCCAACCGCGUUCGUGGGCAAACCUUGCCGCUGCGAACCCGAAAAAGUGGGGAUCGACCGUUGCUGUGGACUCUCGAGGGACAUCCGAGAUCGCGCCGGCUACAGUGCAGAUUCCCGCUCCUGCUCAGCCUCCAGUUCAACAACAGCAGUCCCCGGCCCCGGUCCAACGACAGGGUCAGCCGCAGCAGCAUCCCAGUUAUGCUGCGGCAAUGAGUGUGACGACGGCCCAAUGUUUCGUCAAGGGUGUUCUCGAGCCAGUGACGAUCAAUGCUCUGCAGACCCAGCUGACAAAUCGCUUUGGCCCACUCAAAGAUCUGGAGAUUGUACGCAACAAAGCGUGUGCAUUCUUCGAGUUCUUGAGCCUGGAUUCUGCACGCAAAGCAAUCGCGGCCUCUCUGCCUCAGUCGCAGGGUGGUGAGGGAGGAUUCUGGAUCGACAUGGGGCCUGACAGCACGUUCAGAAUCUCGAUCGAGACAAGAAAAGAGCGCAGCGAACGGCCAGCUAGCCGACCGCGAGGUGGAGGCCCGAUGGGUGAUGGCCAGCGGGGUCGCGGUGACGGUUUCAGAGGUGGCCGGGGCAGGGCCAGCCUCGUGGUGGGCCUCCUGGCAAGUAAAUUCUGACAAUGCAUGGCAAUGCCAUCGUUGGUCUUCAUCCAUCACACUUUACUUACUUACCACGCAAUCACUACUAUCUCAUUUUGGGGUCUUGAGAAUGCUCGGGACCAAGUACAAUUGAGUUUUGCAAUCACGCUUUCAAAGAUCCUGAGGUCCCACCGGUGCUGUAAUGCAACUAAACCGCAAGCCCUCGUAGGGAUUGAGUGAAUUGAGGUCCACAAAAACACCACGUGGCAUGCGACCUAUUUUUGCUAAUGAUCGACAUGGCGAUCAUUUCAUAGCGCUGCUCGCUCCUUGGCUUCAACCAUCCUGAUACCCUUCGCCUUUCACGGAACCCCUCGAGUUAUAACUUCCCGUCCUUACUUGCUUUACUAACGCACUGUCGACACCAUGAAGUUCGCUCGUUAUCUCGAGGACACACAAGUGCCCGAAUGGCAACGCGCUUACAUCGACUAUAAGCUGCUCAAAAAGAAGAUUACGGAGAUCCGGCGCCAGAAAGAAUUGACCGGCCAUCAGGCAGGACAGGCGCGUCCUUCGGAGGAUGUGGACGUGGUGCCUCGAAGAGGACGACACUCCGGAUACGAGUUCAACUGCUCAUGCGUUGGCGCGCAAGCCGAGCAGCACGCAAACGACAGCGCCUCGUCCUCCGGCCCCCGUGCGUCGAUUCACAGGUCUGUGCGUCAUAUGCUGCCACUUUUGUGGAGGCCCUUACUUGCUGUACUAGUUGUAUCCAAGCCCCGCCCCUACUCAUCUGGUCUGCUCUCAGCCCUUGAACGGUCGUUCUUCACUACACUGGAUGGGGAGGUAGUCAAGAUCGACAAGUUCUUCAUCUCGCGUGAGAAAGUUAUGCAAGAGCGGACACAGGCGCUGGAAGGACAACUGGAACGGCUGGAUGAGCACCGCAAGAUCUUCGACGUGAGUAUGAUCUGUUUGUCGUCUGCUGAGAUUCCUACGAAGUACACAUUGCAGGCCACCGCACACAGCUCUACCGCAUGGACGUCUGCGAUCAACACCGCUGCUCUCCUCAAGUUCAAGCCCAGCACGAAAGACCCAGGCGACCCAGAAGACCACGCCGAAUCGACCGAGUCCCUGCCUUUGCCGGAUGCGGCUCUGAAAGCAAAGGGCAAAGCGCGCCACCAUCUGAAAGCCCACUCCGUCUCCGAGCUGCCUGAUGCUCGCGACGACUUGGAUCCAGAUGACUUUCAUGAAGCGAGGCAUCAACUGAAGAAGGCUGUGUUGGAGCACUACCGGGGCCUGGAGAUGCUUUACAACUAUCGAGUUCUCAACCUCACCGGCAUCCGGAAGGCUUUGAAGAAGUUUGAGAAGGUGACGCAGAUUGCUGCUCAAGAUAUGUACAUGCGGGAGAAGGUUGAUCCCACAACGUUCGCAGCAGACACGACAGUACAGUCGAUGAUGGAGACGAUCAAAGACAUGUAUGCCAGUCGGUUCGUCCGCGGAGAUCGUAAAAAGGCUCUUGACCUAUUGCGGUUAGGACCACAGCACAAAAGCCACCACGUGAGCACAUUCUGGUCCGGAUUGUUCCUCGGCCUAGCGGUCCCAGCGCUGGUCUCUGGUCUGUAUCACAGUUACCAGCAGAGCACGCGGGAUGCAAUACCUGGAUGGGACGGGCUGUUGAUGAUCUACGGCGUGUUCCUCAUUCCGGUCCUGCUCGGCUUGUUAGUAGGACUGAAUAUCCUUGUUUGGGCCCAAUGCAGGAUCAAUUAUGUGUUCAUCUUCGAGUUUGAUCUAAGAACCCGCAUGGAUCAUCGAGAGUAUUUCCAGCUCCCGAGCAUCAUCUUAGCGGGUCUGUGCUACGCAUUCUGGCUGUCCUUUGCUCGGAUCGGUGCCCCACACAUUUCGCCGACAACAUGGCCACUCGUCUGGCUGGGAUUUACAGCAGUCAUGUUGUUCGCUCCCCUGCCACUCUUCUUCCUUUCGUCUCGGUUGUGGCUGUUGAGAAACGUGGGGAAACUCUUGACAUCGGGGUCCAGACGCGUCGAAUUCACGGAUUUCUGGAUGGGGGAUCAGUUUUGCAGCCUGGUCUUCACUUUGUCCAAUCUGUUCCUCUUUGUCUGCCUGUAUGCCGAAGGAUUCAGUCCCCAGUGGAGGAAAUGUGGGACCUCAUCGAGAUUCUGGCCGCUGCAGUUUGCUUUGGCGAUCCUUCCCUUCCUCGUGCGGUUGGUGCAAAGUCUCAGGCGUUUCGUGGAUUCUGGACUGGUGACUCAUUUAAUUAAUGGUGGAAAAUACUUCUCUGGGAUUAUUGCCUAUCUCUGUUACUUUCUCUGGCGGCACCAAGGAAGCACGCCUGCCCUGAUUGCUUGGUGCAUCUUCCAGGCUCUUUAUUCAUUUUAUGCCUUGGCAUGGGAUUUAUGGAUGGAUUGGUCCAUCAUGCGCCUCGAUACGCCCUAUAAAUUACUCAGAAAGGAGCUGAUAUACACGAACCAUAUCUAUCUCUAUUAUGUUGCUAUUGUUACCAACACGCUCAUCCGAUUCAUUUGGGUGUUCUAUAUCCCGAAGCGCGGGCCUGACAUGAUGCUACGCACCUUUAUCGCCGGUUCAUUUGAGAUGCUUCGGCGCUGGCAGUGGAACUUUUAUCGUGUGGAGAACGAGUUUCUCGGUAACGUCGACCAGUAUCGUGUCACGCGAGAAGUCCCGCUUCCUUACCUGCUGGACCGAGGGGAUCAGGAUCGAGACGACGAGGGCAGCCCUUCACGUGAUUGGCGUGCGAUUCCUCUGCGUAAACAACGAGGCUCUGCACAUGUGUAGACUAGGACAUUAGAGUUCGGAGCCAUGCGCGCGAGUUUUGCCUAUCUUCUGCUGCGAUUUACCAUGUGCACGGGUCAGGUAGUACAAAGCUCGAGGAGUUCCGCACGACAAUUUCACAACGAAAAGACUCACCCCUGCUCACAAUAAUGAAGUUCACCAGAUAUAUAGAAGACACGCAAGUCCCGGAAUGGACCCGGGCCUAUCUGGACUACCGUAUUUUUAAAGACCGCAUUCGUGACAUUCGGAGCGCCCAAGAAUCGAACCACGCGUUCCCUGGCAUUGAAAGUCCCUCAAACUCACCGAUCGGCGGCUGGGCCCAGCAGAGCGACCAUUCCGUGCUUUCCUUUGUAGACUCGGCGGGAAACUCCUCGUAUGGUGGGAGCGAGAUCCACCUGCCCCUCGAUAGACGGCUCGGCGAUCUCGCUUCCAACACAGGAUCACCACAGCCACAGCGAGCACGUGCUGUUGACAGCGUCUCCCCGCCACCGAAUGCCGCCGCAGGCCGGCUGCAUCUGCAGGUGGACUCUCCCAUGCCACCGUUCGUGCCACGUUCGCCCACAUCUCAGACCAAUCGGGACGCACUUCCGCCCAGCCCUGGUGGCGCAAUUCAGUUCCCAGCCACAACGGCGCAGCGCGCUGUCAGUCCCAGGAUACUCCUGCCACAACUAGUUGUUCGACAGGCGACUAAUCGCUCGCACCAUGCGCCCCCAAGUCCCCUCGGAGAUGGCUCGACAAUGCACGGCCGGAUGGACACCAAGCGACUCGGGGCUGACAUGAUGUCCAGGGUUCUGACGAACCACUCACAAGCUCGGAAGGGCGACACCGCGCCGUCCAGUCCAGUGGUUUCUCCAUCCACGGUCGGCAGUCGGCUCAGAAAGGGAAUCUCUCAUUUGAUGGAUCCGCUGCGCCGGGAUCCCUACUCGGAACUCUCUCUGAAUGUGCUGAUGCCACUGCUAUCUCCACAGGAGCUGGCCUUCUUCACCGCUCUUGACAGCGAACUUCAAAAAGUCGACAAUUUCUUCAUCGAGAAAGAGAGGGCAAUGAAAGUUCGCGCCAAAGAUCUCGGGGCUCAACUCCGUGCGCUCAACCAGCACCGCAAAUUAUCUGUUGAUAAAAACUCCGACGCGCCGCGCUCCUGGCCUGCGUUCUGGCGCGGCAGCAUCUCUGCGUUGCUGAAGCUAGUAGGACGCCAGUCGCUCAGCAAAAUGCAUGGACACGUCCACGACGACGAUGGGGCUCGCGAGGCCAAGACAGAAGUAAAGACCUUCGAGACGAGUCGGGCGCGCGAUGAUCAGCGAGAUCCCAAGGCAUAUCCCCAAGCCAAACGCAAGUGGAAGAAAGCAAUCCUGGAGCAUUACCGGGGCUUGGAGAUGCUGCAGAACUACCGGAUUUUGAACAUCUAUGCUUUCAGGAGAGUGCUGAUCAAAUUUGAGAAGGCGACGAAAAUCUCCGUCCAAAGAGCAUACAUGGAAGGAAAGGUCGAGCUGGCCGCAUUCUAUUCUGAUGACAAUCUCCGCGCGAUGAUGCAGGAAGACGAAAACCUAUACGCCAUCAACUUUGUGAACGGCAACAAAAACCAAGCCAUCACGCGUCUUCACGCUGGGACCCAGCUGAAAACCCAUCACAAAAGCACGUUCCAGUCCGGCCUUGCUCUCGGAGCCGCGAUGAUUGCUGUUGCAGCGGGAAUAUUUGAUAGUUUUCAACCAAAUACACGUGCCGCUAUCCCCGGAUGGGACGGAUUAAUGUUCAUCUACGGGGUCUUGGCUAUCCCCGCCAUCUUUGCGUUGCUGGUAGGGCUGAAUCUUCUUGUCUGGGCGCAUUCUCGGAUCAACUACGUUUUCAUCUUCGAACUAGACCUGAGAACGCGUCUCGACCACCGCGAAUACUUUCAGACUCCCGCCAUCCUUCUCACCGCCCUUUGCUAUGCGUUCUGGCUUUCCUUUUCCAGGAUUUUAGAUGCCCAUGUGGCACCUGCGACGUGGCCACUGGUUUGGCUGGCGUUCACGGGGAUCGUGAUGUUCGACCCUUUUCCCCUUCUGUAUAGGCCCUCCAGAUACUGGCUUGUCAAAAGCACUGCGAACUUGCUCAAAUCGGGCUUGAAGCGCGUCGAGUUUACGGACUUUUGGAUGGGAGACCAGUUCACGAGCCUGGAAUUCACGUUAUCGAACAUCCCUCUGGUCAGCUGUGUUUACGCGCGCAGUCUUGAUGCCGACUGGCGAAAAUGCGGAAGCACGUCGAAACUCUGGCCGCUGUCUUUCGUAAUCGCCGUGCUGCCUUUCGUCAUCCGCAUGGUGCAGAGCAUAAAGCGCUACGCCGAUUCGAAGCUCACGACGCAUCUCAUCAAUGCCGGGAAGUACUGGUCUGGAAUUAUCAGCUAUCUGUGCUACUUUCUCUGGCGUCACAAAGGCAGCAAAUACGACCUGUCGUUCGCCUUUUGGUGUCUGUUCCAAUCGCUGUAUUCCAGUUACGCACUCACAUGGGACUUUUUGAUGGACUGGUCUAUCUUUCGAAGGCACAGUCGGCACUGGUUGCUGAGGAACGAGCUGAUCUACUCGAACCACGUUCCGUUGUACUACACCGCAAUCAUGAUCAACACGGUGAUACGGUUCAUGUGGAUCCUGUAUAUCCCCGUCCAGGGGCCAGACCCGAUGCUCCGCUCGUUUUUGGUUGGGCUGAUGGAGAUCUUUCGGCGGUGGCAGUGGAAUUUUUAUCGUCUCGAAAACGAGCACAUCAGUAACAUCGAUCAGUAUCGAGCUGUGAGAGAAGUUCCGCUGCCGUAUACACUUGACAUGCAGGAAGGGAUUGCCGAAGAGUCCCAGCGAUAACGAUCGCACGCUAAACCCCAAAUUAUGUAAAUUCGAGCAGUAAAUAUGAACAAUCCGUCUGUCUUGCAGCUGUAGCGGGAUUGAGGCUAGCCUGUUCCUGGCAGUGGACACCGUGUUAGCACCAUCACGUGAUCGCGUUCUGCUAUUCGCAGUGGUCUGGAACAUCGCUUCAGAGCCGGCUGACGGAAAAAACGGACAUUGUGGGCGCGAGGAAGGUGCACGUGCAACGUCCAUCUGUUCUCCAUGCUCAACAUCGCACGGUGAUGAUCACCAUGCAUGGAACCUGCGAAGCUGAUGAAAGCAAUGCUACUUAUUUACAAAUGUACAGAUGGUUAACGAAAGGUGGAUAGUGCUUAUACUGGGGUCUAUGAGUAUGAUGAAUACGAAGUGUUUUGGAAGUAACGAGCGAGUGUGUAUGUGUGUGUGAGCGGGUGUGUGUCGUGGGGACGGUCUCAGAUCAUGCGCAAAGGGACGCGUCCUCGAACUUCGUCCUGACCGAAAAGAACGGAAAUGUCCAUGUAAU